AUGUCAAAGAAUUAUUACGAUAAACUGAAUAGUGGAGGAUUACAUACAGCAAUUCCAUUUUCAUCGAAUAUUGGUGUUAAUUUACUUCAAAAGAUGGGCUGGAAAGAAGGAAGAGGACUUGGAAAAGAAGAGAUAGGAAUACAGGAGUGUAUACAAAUCAAGAAAAAAAGCGAUAAUUUAGGGCUUGGUGCAAAAAUUACUGGUAAUUCUUCUCAGGAUUGGUCAGAUUGGUGGAAGGAUGCCUAUAAUAAUGUUGCUAAUAAAUUAUCUACUAGUAUAAGUGAUUCUAGAUAUGAAGAUUUAAAUUCUGAUUAUUCUUCUUCUGAUAAUGAAAAUGAUUCAAUUAUUAAUAAAGACAGUAAAAUCUCUAAAUUAGAUAAAAAAGAAAAAUCAAAACAAAAAGCAAAAUUAAGUAGUGAAGUUAGUAACAAAGUUAACAUAGUUAAAGUUAAAAAAAAAUCUGGAAAAUCAGAUAAAAAGAGCAAAAAAAUUAAGAAUAAAUCAAAAAACAAAUCUGUUUAA